AUGGGUCAAGGUGCUUAUGGUGUUGUUUGUGCUGCCAAAGAUACAGACAACAACGAACAAGUAGCCAUCAAAAAAGUGUGCCGUAUUUUUGAAAAGACUAUUUUAGCAAAACGUGCCUUACGUGAAGUCAAGUUAUUAAAACACUUCAACGGUCAUGAAAACAUUACUUCAAUCAUUGAUAUGGAUAUUGUUAAUCUUCAAGAAUUCAACGAAAUUUACCUUGUACAAGAGUUGAUGGAAGCCGAUCUUCACCAAAUCAUUCGAUCCGGCCAACCUCUUACGGAUGCCCAUUUCCAAUACUUUGUCUAUCAAAUCUGUCGAGGACUUAAAUAUAUUCACAGUGCCAACGUAUUACACAGAGAUUUAAAACCAGGUAAUUUGUUGGUCAAUGCUGAUUGUGAGUUAAAGAUUUGUGAUUUUGGUUUGGCUCGUGGUUAUUCUUCUUCACCUGAAGGAAAUGUUGGUUUUAUGACCGAAUACGUUGCAACUCGUUGGUACAGAGCUCCAGAAAUCAUGCUGAGUUUCCAAAAAUAUACCAAAGCUAUUGAUAUGUGGUCUGUAGGUUGUAUCUUUGCUGAAAUGCUAGGUGGUAGACCUCUUUUUAAGGGUCGUGAUUACGUUGAUCAAUUAAACCAAAUCCUCGGUAUUCUCGGUACACCGGAUGAAGAAACUUUAUGUCGUGUGGGUAGUGAAAGAGCUCAAGUGUAUAUCCGUAGUCUGACAAGAAUGCCCAAGAUCCCCUUCCAAAACUUGUACCCAAGAGCUAGUCCCCUUGCUAUCGAUCUUUUAACCAAAUUACUCGCUUUUGAUCCAGCAAAGAGAAUCACAGUGGAGGAAGCACUUGCUCACCCCUAUCUCAGUGCCUAUCAUGAUGAAGAUGAUGAGCCCGCUCAUUCUCAACAAUUCGAUUUCUCUUUUGAAGUACUUGAAUCAAUGGAAGAUAUGCGCAAAAUGAUUGCACAAGAAGUCAUGACAUUUAAAGCACAAAAGCAAGGGUUAUCAUUAAAUACAGGUGCAGCUAAUUUGAAGAGAAAGGAAAGCAUGAGUGCAAAUGAUCGUGAAGCUUUUGCAAGAAGCAAAGAUGUAGCUGCAUCAUCCAAGGAUAGUCAUAGAAAUUCCUCUUCUAUAGCUUCCACCGCAGCAGCAGCACCAGCAGCACAUGAUGAUAUUCGUCAGCACAUGGAUGUCGAUGCACUUGAAAGAGAAUUAGGUGGUGGUGUUUAA